AUGUGCUUCGGAACCGGCGGCCGCAAACACUACUACCACGAGGAGGUCAUCCCCGCGAGGCACCACCACCACCACCACGGCCAUCACCACCACGGUCACCAUCAUCACCACGGCCACCACCACUCCCCGCGCGCGAGCUACACCAGCGUGAGGCGGUCGUACGUCGCCAGCAGCCCGCGAGUCAGCUACGUCGAGCCCGUGGUCUACGAGCGUACGAGCCGCACGUACCGCUGA